GCCGGCCCGGUGCCCGCCGGCCCCCCGCCGCGCGCGCGCCCCGCCGUUGGCUCCGGCAUGUCGGGCCCCGGGCCGCGGGAGCCGCCGCAGGCGGGCGGGCCGGCGGGCCCCGAGGGCGCGGACGCGGCGCCGGGCGAGGCGGGGCUGAGCUUCACGACCACCGACCUGAGCCUGGUGGAGAUGACGGAGGUGGAGUACACGCAGCUGCAGCACAUCCUCUACUCGCACAUGGAGGCGGCGGCGGCCGACGGCGAGCUCGACGCGCGCCUCAGCUCGGCCUUCCUGGCGGCCGCGGCGCCGGGCGCGGCGGCGGGCGGCUUCGCGGCGGCGGCGGCGGGGGGCGCGGCGGCGGCGGCGGCGGCGGCCGGGGCGGCGGCGGCGGCGGGGGGCGCGGCGCCCGUGUACCCGGUGCUCUGCCCGCCCGCGCUGGCCGACGGCGGCUUCGCGGGCGCGGCGCCCUGCCUGGGCCACGUCGACUUCCAGGAGCUGCGCAUGAUGCUGCUGAGCGAGGCGGGCGCCCCCGCCGCCGCCGCCGCGCCCCCCGCCCCCGCCGAGAAGACGCCGGGCGCCGACGGCCCCGGUGCGGGCGCGCCGCGGCCCAAGGCGCCGGACGGCGGCGGCAAGGAGAACGCGGAGGGCGCGCCCGAGGCGCGGGCCAAGUCGGCCGUGCGCGUCCGCCUGGAGGACCGCUUCAACAGCCUCCCCGCCGAGCCGCCGGCCGCCCCGCGCGGCGCCGAGGCCCCCGAGCCCGGCGUGGCGCUCAACAAUUUGGUAACUCUCAUCCGACAUCCUUCCGAGUUCAUGAACGUCCCUCUUCAUCAGCAACAAAACAAAUGCACGACGUUGGUAAAAAACAAAACCGCGACGGCCGCCACCGCUUUACAAUUUACAUGCCCUCUGUUCACGGCAAAUGCUUGCCCUGCCUCGGGGGGCUCGAGCCUCUCACAGACGCAGGGUUCUGGGAACCCGUGUCCUGUACUCGAAGCUGCCAAGCAUCAGGACAUUGGAUUGCCUAGAGCAUUCUCUUUCUGUUACCAGCAGGAAAUUGAAUCCACUAAACAGACUUUGGGCAGUAGAAACAAAGCCUUGCCUGAGCAGGUUUGGAUUAAAGUAGGAGAAGAAGCGCUAUGUAAGCAAGCCGUAAGUAAGAGGAACCGGAGUAGAGCGCGCCAGCUGGACACAGGUGUAGAACGAAGAGCCCUUGGAGAGAUUCAGAACGUGGGCGAAGGCUCAACCUCCACACAGGGCUCUUGGCCGCCCGCAGAGUCCUCGCAGGCAAACCUCGGGGAGCAGACCCAGAGCGGGCCCCAGGGAGGAAGGUCGCAGCGUAGGGAGAGGCACAACCGCAUGGAAAGAGAUAGAAGGCGCAGGAUCCGCAUUUGCUGUGACGAGUUGAAUCUUUUAGUCCCGUUCUGCAACGCGGAGACGGACAAGGCGACCACUCUGCAGUGGACCACGGCGUUCCUGAAGUACAUUCAGGAAAGACACGGAGACUCUCUCAAAAAGCCAGUUAGCGCAGCGUGAUGGUGUCCGUGGCAGGUAUAGGACAGACGGGCACAUCCGGCCGCCGCCGGAAUUCAGCAGCACAGGAAGGUGUCCCCCUUCCUGCCCGUCCCGGGCCCCCGGCGCCGCCCGCGCCCGCUCUGCUGGCCCUCCGUGUGCUCUGGAGUGCGGAGUCUGUUUCUUUGUUUUUCUUAAGGGAUGAGGUAUUUAAUUAGGUUCUUUGUAAGAAUUUAGAACGCCGCUCUGUGAGGGCCAAGUCCGUCGUGAGAGCAAACACCGAGCAGCGGUGGCCCUGAACCGAGCAGCAGCUUCGCGCCGUGGCAGAGACCGGGGCCCGCGGUGUCGGCCGGCCUCGCACGUCCCCCGCCUCCAGCUUCUCCUCUCGGUGUCACCGCUCUCGCCCUCCCGCGUCUGGGUUCCGCAGAUUCCCGCAGGAGGCGUCAGCGAGGCUCCAGGGAUUUUCACGCUGCGGGUUUGAGCAGGGGUGGUGGCGGCGAAUUUCUGAUGCGAUCGACUGCGGACCUCAGCCUAGGGACAGAGGCGCAGGCACAAGUGGCAAAGCCGGUGCGCGCGGCUGCAGGGAAACCGCCGUCUUGCCUCCGCGGCGCCCGGCGAGGCCAGCCUCGGUGGUCCUGGGGGAUGCGGGCUCGCACCUGCUCCCGCGCUCGCGGGGAGGUCACCCCAGCCCCAGCUCAGCAGCGCGCAAGGCUCAUUUCAGGAGGAAGACCUCGGCGCUUCGCGAAGCUUACCCACCAGCGCGCCGACCGUCCCCGUCCCCGCCAGCUGCAUCUGCGCCAGCUGCACGAACCUUCC